UUCAGCCUUCUCUUUGGACCUGAAAUAUCUGCUAGACUUCUGGAAAGGUGGCCAUCAUACAAACCUAAGUUGGUAAAGGAGGCAUCUGCACUUGUUUCAACGCCAUAUCUGGAACAGCUUUUACAGUCUGCCAGAGAGGAGCAAGGGGAAUCAUUAAUUAAUCAUUAAUUAAUCAGCUUGAAAGGUUGGGACAGUGAUAUGUCUACUUUACUCCUGCUGUUGCACAUCCUGUCACCUCAGCCAACUGGGAGAAAGAGGACUAAUAAGAUCAGUGCACGUCAAGCCACGGACCACCUAGUAGAUUUUCACAAGUCAUGCCAGAGUAUUGAUGAGCAUUUGGAUGCAGAUGAACGUAGGCAGCCAUAUCUUCUUGCUUCGGGAUCCAGCAGACAAGCUGUCAGCCGUUUCUACAUUGUCAUGGAUAAAAACUAAUCUCAUGCCAAGGAAGCACAUCGCUUGCAGCGUUUGAUGAGCUUUUCAAGGUCCACUUUGUUUUUAGUUUAAAUUAUGAUGAAGCACUUCGCAGCAUGUAUACUUUCAUCCAGACCACUGUGUUUGGUAUUGAUGUGGGAGCCACCAAAGAGACUCCAAAAGUGAAGGAAUUGCGAGCAAAGUUAACGAAUAAUGUUUAGGUGUUAUGUUUGCAGGACACUUCAUCAUUCAGGUGGAGUAUUGAUUCGACAUCUAAAACUUUCACAUGGUUUAUAUCCUGGCAAAAAGUUCAAUUUGUUAUGUGCGCAGGAUGGUUGUUGUUUGGAGUUUAAAAGUUACUGUGGUUUCAGAAGACAUCUUAAACUUUUUCAUGGUGACCGUAUUGAUACUGAACCUCUGAGUUGCUUUGAUGAGCCAACAACUUCAACUAUGAUCACAUCUGUAGGUAUGCCGGCUCUGCUUAUGAAUGGAUCUAACAAUGCAUCUUCUAUUGGAACACUGAACUCACAACAAGAUUUGGCUGAUCUUGUGGAUUAUUCAGUAUCAAAAGAAAUGUGUGCUUCUAUUAUUGCCAAGUUGCAGGGGAGUGGUGUUUCAAACAAUGUUAUUUUGUCUGUUGUAGAAAGUAUGGAAGAAUGUUUGAAUGAUGUUCAUACAUCUAUUAGAAGUCAAAUCUUGAAGGUAGUGCCAGAGUGUAACCCAAUUAGAACGGCUGUAGAAAAUGUGCUUGUCAAUUUGCAGAAUCCCUUUUCUGAUCUAAACACCGAUAGCAAAUGGAAAAAAUAUUUUUGUGCAAAAUGGGGAGUUGUACAACCUGUGGAGGUGCAUUUAGGUGUAAGAUAUGAUCUGAAGAGAAAUUAAAGGUCUGGAAUUUACGAACAGGUACCAGUCAAUGACACUUAUGUACAUACCAUUGUUUAAAACUCUGGAGUUUAUUUUCAAGAAUGAGAUCAUUUGCAGACAUGUCCAGUCUUCUACAUUCAGUGAUAUAUAUUCUGACUUCUGCGACGGUGCUUACUUCAAGAGUAAUCCAUUGUUCUCGUCUUUCAAACAUGCUCUGCAGAUUCAGGUUUAUUACGAUGAUUUUGAAACCGCUAAUCCUUUAGGAUCUAAGCAGGGCGUGCAUAAACUUGGAUGUUUGUAUUUCACACUUAGAAAUCUUCCACCUCAUCUCAAUUCUUCUCUCAUGAACAUACAUCUCAUUUCUCUAUUUCAUUCGCAAGAUGCCAGAAAGUAUGGCUUGGAUAAAAUACUAAGCCCUUUUGUAGAAGAUGUAAAGAAGCUUGAAAUGUGUGGGAUGAAAGUGUCAUUUUCUGAAGAACCUCUUUAUGGAACAGUAUCGCAGAUUACAGGGGACAAUUUGGGAUUAAAUGGUAUUCUUGGCUUUGUAGAGUCUUUCAGUGCCCACUACUAUUGCAGGUUGUGUAUAACAGACAAGGCCACAGCUCAAACAGUAUUCAGUGAACAUGACCCAAGAGUUGUUUUGCGGUCUAAAGAACUAAAUGAACAGCAUUACAAAAAUCUUGAGGAUUCUGGGGAAAGUUCAUGUUAUGGUAUAAAACACAACAGCAUUCUCAAUGAGUUAAAAUAUUUUAACAUUGCAGAUAAUGUGGUAGUAGAUGUAAUGCAUGACAUCCUUGAAGGUGUAGCACAAUAUGAACUAAAGCUACUGUUUGAGUAUUUAGCAAAGGAUUUAAUUUCCAGUGAAAACAUCCUAUUGAGAAUUUAUGCAUACAGCUAUGGUUAUUUAGACCGAAAGAACAGACCAACAAAGAUUAACAUGCAGUGCAAUGGACUUGGGCUCAAUGCUAGCCAAACAAUGUGUCUCUUAAGAAACAUACCACUUAUAUUUGGUGAUGUUGUUCCAGAGGACGACAACCAUUGGAAUCUACUUUUACUACUUCUUGAUAUUGUAAAUAUAAUUUUCUCUCCGAACAUCACUGAGGGGAUGAUUGUCUAUUUGAGGUAUCUGAUAACGGAACAUCACAAAUAAUUUAAAGAACUAUACCCUACUCAUAAUUUGAAACCAAAACAUCACUUAAUGAUCCAUUAUCCAGGUGUGAUUCAAAAAAUUGGUCCUUUGGUUCAUGUUUGGACUAUGAGAUAUGAAGCAAAACAUAAAUUUUUCAAAUCCAGCAUUAAAAACUUCAAGAAUUUGACUAAGUCUUUAGCACGGAAGCAUCAGUUAGCUAUAGCCUAUCUUUGGGAGUCACUUAAUGUCAAAGGUAUUGAGUCAGGUCCAGUGAAAACGCAAAUAUUGAGUGAAUUGGAUUAUGAUGACUUGGUCUGUGAACAUUUUCAGCUUAACAAGUCUGAUACUGUAUCUUCUACUGCAUGGGUAAAAUGUGAUGGGAUUGAGUAUCGUUUUGGGUCUGUUGUUUGCGUUGAUGUGGCGGAUGAAAUGCCAUUGUUCAGUAAAAUUGUUGAAUUUAUCCUCAGAAAGGAAGAGAUAUAUUUUGUUUUGAUGGAAAUGGAGGCAGUUUAUGUUGAACACUUGCACUCCUUUCAGGUUGAAGAACUUGAUUGUUUUUGUAUUGUGAAACAAAAUGAAUUGCAGCACCCCAAACCAUUUGACCUUCAGAUGUCAUAUGACUGCGAUUCAUUCCUGUACGUUGUAACAGAUUGUUGCAUUUUGUAGUUACU